AUGGCAACCACACCCACUGCAAUGCCGCAACGCUUGGCUCAAGACGUACGCUACCGUCGCACGCCUGCCCAAUCUACCGCACAGCCUCCUUCGGGUCACCCCAACUUCGACCUUCCGCUGGACUCUGUCGAGAACGAGCGUCACGCAGACCACGGUUUCGCUGAUUUAACUCGAAGAAAUCGGUUGCCAACUUGGGCGAGGGACGCCCCCAGCUCACGGCAUGGCGGCGGAUCUCCGCUGGACAAGUUCGAUCAUAACAUUGCUCAAGGCUCUGGGUAUGCUCGGUCGAGAAGCAACAGCGAUGAUCACCCGCUGUCGUCGUGGCGCAACAACCGCAAAGUGGGCCAACAGCACCUAUCCCGUCGUUCUCCGUCAUCCAUCCCUGGAAUUCAUAGCUUCGGAUACGAGGGUAAUGAGCCCAUGGACGAGCGUUCGUUCCACGAGCGCACUCCACGCCCGCGCUCCAGCCUGGAACCCCAUAAUGAUGGUGAUGAUGGUGGUAGUGGUGAUGGCGAUGAUAGUAAUGAUGAUGGAGCAGAAGGAUCUUGCUGCUACCAUGCGCAUUCCAUGCGCAGUUGCCUAUCGAUCACAGUCAUUCUCCUGAUCAUCGUCAUGGCGUUUGCGUUUGCUUUCGUUACUUGGCAGUCAUCAGAGACCCAGGAGAAGCCGGGAACCACUCAGUUGGAGUCGACGAACAUGCCAAGCUAUAAGGACCUUGCUGCCAAGCUCGCUACGCUUACCGACGCCUUCAACAUCCAGACUGAGCUGAACGAAGUGCCUGUCAACAUCGACAUUGCAGCUGGACGACUCACCGAACUGCAUAUGGACUAUUGCCCAGUACCUCAUCAUAUCAUUCCUGGGAUGUUCCUCAAUCGGCCAAAAGGAUCGUGGAGUAACGACAUCUCCGAAUUGGAUGCCGUGUCGUGCAACGCGGUCAAUGGUCUCGUCGUCGACAUCAGGAAAGCAAAGCACGAAACAAAUGACAUCCAAGCCGAGCUCGGCGCUGGCGUGGUCUUGGAUGUUAGCCUGAUCGAGAGCUUGCGUCAGAAGUUCCAGCCUUCGCUGCCGCUCUUCUCUUCUUCACCAGACAGCAUUGAUCCUGAUACCGGCUUGCUCGUCAACGUCCCGCCCAGCCAACAGCAGCUUGAGCUGAUCACGCAAGUCUCGGACAUCGUUACGGCAACGUUCGCCCGCCGACGCUCGGCUUGGGAAACGAUGCGCUUCGAAGCACGACGUGGCGAGGCUCUACUGACCCAGCUCAGCCACCACGCUGCUAUCGCCCAACGUCAAGUCCAAACCCAGUCCAAGCGACUCGACGCCUUCUGCGGUGGGUCGUACCGUCGUGGUACGGGCGGGGAAAGAAUCAAGAACGGCAUUGCCUCCAUUACCCUGUCACUCCUGUUCAGCGACACAAAAGCGAAGCUCCACUACUGUGGACAGACGAGGAAGCACUCACGUGCUAUGUCGUUCGCGAUCGGCCACACCGUCCAAGAGAUUGAGAUUCAGAGAGCAGUUUUUCAAAUGUCUUCCGACUUCUUCUGGGAAAUGGAAACGUUCUGGCAGACGUUGAAGACUGAUGCCGGAGAGGUCGAGAAGCGGGCGUUGAGGGAGAGGGUCCGUGGUGGUGGAGGACAAGACGCUAGUAUCGAGCUGGCGAGUUAUGUUGAACAUGAUCUCAGCAGAGCUUUCGCUCAGGCACGGAGGACGGAGCAAAUCAUGAGGCAAAAGAGGGAUAAGAUGGAAGCGUUGAAGGCGGGAAAGACGGGGCAUGUGCCGUUUGCUCAGAUUGAUCGGAGGGAGUUAUAG